AUGCAGAAGACCAGCUACUACGACACCUCCCCGCUCUUUGGGGCUUAUUCCUAUCCGGGGGCCAACGGCUUUGGUUACGAGGGCCCUUCUCCGCAGCCUUUCCAGCCCGCGGCUCAUGUGGAGAGUGAUUACCAGCGUCCUGCCUGCACCCUCCAGUCUCUGGGCAACGCGGCCCCGCUUGCCAAGACGAAGGACCUGAACGGGAGCUGCCUGCGCCCCAGCUUGCCUCAGGAGCACCACCCGCCCCCGCCCGUCUCACCACCCACCAACCCCAUCACCGCCACCAGCGGGAGCGGCAGCACCACAUCCAACAGCACCGGCGGCAGCAAUAACCAUAGCCAAUCGGGGGCGGUCAAAAGUGUCCCGAGCAAAUCCAGCCUGGCCUCUAGUAACGCCGCCCUCACCAAGCAGAUUUUCCCCUGGAUGAAAGAGUCGAGGCAAAACGCCAAGCAGAAAAACAGCUCCCCCUGCGCAGCUACAAGCAGGGCAGAAAGCUGCAGCGGCGAGAAAAGCCCUCCAGGCUCCUCAGCCUCCAAGAGGGCCCGCACAGCUUACACCAGUGCCCAGCUGGUUGAGCUGGAGAAGGAAUUCCAUUUCAACCGCUACCUUUGCAGACCACGCCGAGUGGAGAUGGCUAACCUGUUAAACCUCAGUGAGCGUCAGAUCAAGAUCUGGUUCCAGAAUCGGAGGAUGAAAUACAAAAAGGAUCAGAAGUCAAAAGGCCUUGGGUCAUCCCCUGGGGGACCUUCUCCCACAGGGAGUCCGCCCCAAGCCCUACAGUCCUCUGCAGGCUUCCUGAAUGCCCUACACCCCAUGACUUCAAACUAUGAAGCUCCAUCUCCACCCUCUUUCAACAAACCACACCAGAAUGCCUAUGCCAUGCCCACUGCCUACCAAAACCCCAUCAAAGGAUGCCCCAGCCAACAGAAGUAUGCCAACACGGCACCCGAAUAUGAUCCUCAUGUCUUACAGGGUAAUGGGAGUGGCAGCUAUGGCCCCCCCAAUAUGCAAGGCAGCCCAGUCUAUGUGGGUGGCAAUUAUGUGGAUUCUAUGCCCAACUCUGCUUCAUCACUUUAUGGGCUGAACCCCCUUCAACAUCAUCAGCCCCACAGCAUGGAAUACAAUGGGGGGCCCCAGAUGGCCUCCAACCAGCACCAUGGGCCUUGUGAGGCUCACCCAACCUAUACAGACCUUUCUUCUCACCAUGCUUCUACUCAGGGUAGAAUCCAAGAGGCACCCAAACUGACCCAUCUGUGA